UCCGCACCAGCAGACGGCGCUGUCUGCUCAUCCAGCGAGUGGAAAAGUCCUGAGCCUGGUGUUAGCGGUGUGUCUCAGAUCUGUUUGUUUUUGUUUAGUUGUUUUUGUUUACGCUUUGUGUCCGGUAAACAAGAUGGCCGGCACCGCGUUAAAGAGGCUCAUGGCUGAAUACAAACAGCUGACCCUGAACCCACCUGAAGGCAUCGUCGCAGGUCCGGCCAACGAGGAGAACUUCUUCGAAUGGGAGGCGCUCAUCAUGGGUCCAGAAGACACGUGUUUCGAAGGCGGAGUCUUCCCCGCCGUCCUCAGCUUCCCCUCGGAUUAUCCUCUCAGCCCUCCGAAGAUGAGGUUCACCUGCGACAUGUUUCACCCCAACAUCUACCCGGAUGGCCGGGUGUGUAUCUCCAUCCUUCACGCUCCGGGCGACGACCCGAUGGGAUAUGAGAGCAGCGCAGAGCGGUGGAGUCCAGUCCAGAGUGUGGAGAAGAUCCUGCUGUCUGUGGUCAGCAUGUUGGCAGAGCCGAACGAUGAGAGCGGCGCGAACGUCGAUGCGUCUAAAAUGUGGCGCGAGGACAGAGAGCAGUUCUACAAACUGGCUCAGAAGAUCGUUCGCAAGUCGCUGAGCCUGUAGAGAUGAUGUCAUCACGCCGCUCUGCGUGUCUGUGGUGGCGCCUAGCUCGGAUACAGACUGUGGAGCGUCAACACUGUUACCAUGGAAACCUUCAACGCACACACACAUACGCAGAGCUGCAGUUUGAUACCUCAAUGAACUGACGGAUCAGAGGCUGAUCGGAUACAGUGACAUCACCAGGAGACCCAGCAGCCUGUCAUCACCUCACUUCCUGUUUGUCGCCCCUCCUCCCCUGCUGUUGGCUCAGAUUGAAGUUUCUCAGCGGAUUGUUUGCACUUUAUCUCCUCCUGGUGGUCACCAUGGUGGACUUCAGUUUGUUGUUUUUUUUUUACAGCUGAGCUGAAGGAGUUUCUCUUAAGUUUCCUUUCACAAAUAGUUGGUUGAAAACAGAAUUUUGAGCUCUUUGUUUCUCUGAUUUCUUAUUAAUUUCUUUGUUGAGAAACUAAGAGCUCCUUUUUGUUUCUGUUCCUGGUGUCAAACUGAUUUUAAAGCAUGUUGACCUAAACUUAAUAAAGCAGCGUUUCUGUUUCA